AUGAAGCAAACCCGUAAAGCUCUAAAUUAUCUUUUUCUUUUAUCAAUUUCAGGAAGCAUAUUGGAAGAGAGUCAAAUACAAACCUUAGUAUCACUAACUACAAUACCAUCGUAUUACACCAGCACUACAUUAACAGCCUUUCAAAUUGCACCAACCAGCUAUCUGGUGCUACCGGAGUCAUACGUACCACAAGUGACAAGUGGUGCACUACCUCAAAGUUCAGAGCAAUCUUCAUUUAGGCCAAGUAACACUAUCAGAAAUAUCGCUUCGCUAAACAUAAAUUUGAAUAAUCGAGGUUCACAAUCUUUUUCUGUAGAUUCUGACUCGGUAAUAUCUACAAGUGAAUCGCGUGCAUUCCCCGAGGAAAGUUCGGCUAAGUUAUCAGGAAUACUAGCAAUGCAAUCAUUUGCAUCGUCAGGUACAGUACGAACAUCACAAGUAUUAGAUUUGAUGCCAUCAGUAAUAAAUAUGAUAUCAUCAAAUAUAGUACCAACGUCAUCAGUUAAAGAUGUGAUGUCGUCAAAUAUCGAACCAACGUCAUCACUUAAAGAUUUGAUGUUGUCAAAUAUAGAACCAACGUCAUCACUUAAAGAUUUGAUGUUGUCAAAUAUAGAACCAACGUCAUCACUUAAAGAUGUGAUGUUGUCAAAAAUAGAACCAACGUCAUCACUUAAAGAUGUGAUGUCAAAUACAGUAUCACCGUCAUCAGUAAUAGGUGAGAUGUCGUCAAAUAUAGCACCAACGUCAUCACUUAAAGAUGUGAUGUUGUCAAAUAUUGCACCAACGUUAUCAGUUAUAGAUGAGAUGUCGUCAAAUAUAGCACCGACGUCAUCACUUAAAGAUAUGAUGUUGUCAAAUAUUGUACCAACAUUAUCAGUAGUAGAUGAGAUGUCAAAUAUUGUACCAACGUCACCAGUAAUUAAUGUGGUGUCGUCAAUGGUAGAUCUGAUGUCAUCAGAUAAAGUUCCAACGUCAUCAUUGGUAGAUCCGAUAUCAUCAGAUAUAGUGAUAAAGCAAACAGACUUAGUAUCAACCCAGUUCCUGGUAGGAUCAACGUUAAAUGAUAUUAGGUUCUCGCCAAGUACAUCACAGUUUUCUUCUACAGCAAGCAAAUCUGAAUCUGUGUUCAAUGAAAAAUCUUUAUUUGAAACUAUCACGGAUUUAUCUGUAAUAAAUCUAAGCAGUGAGCUUGCAACUUCAACAGACACAAGUUCUGCUUAUGUAUCAGGUUUUAAUAGUGCUCUCUUUUCGUCAGACACCGAAACUGUAGUACCUACAGAUGAUGUUAGCUAUGUAGAUUCCAGUCUACUGGACACAUAUUCCUAUAUUUCUUCUGAACUACUCGAAUCUCAAACACAAUCUGAUAUGACAGCAUUCUCAACGUCUGUUUCUAGUGAAAUCCUCUUUCCUAUCUCCAGUUAUAUACCAGAAGAAAUAGCAUCCUCUCUAGCAACACAUAUCUUAUCACUAAGUAGCCUUACCACAGAAUCGUCAGCGUAUAUCGAUAUACCAGAAACCACUUCUCUUGUGAUCUCACCAAGCUCUAUUCUUGCUGUUUCAUCAGUUACUUCCUCCACCCUAGUAAAUGAAACUUUGCCUGUACCAGAAAAAAAUACAAGUGGAUUAACAAAGGGAGGAAAGGUAGCUCUAGGAAUUUGUAUACCAAUCAUCAUAAUAUUAGUUAUAGCCGCCAUAGUUUUCGUAGCAUACAGAAGACGAUACCAUACAGCGACAUGGAAAUUAACCGAUGUUGUGAGUUAUCGACCCUGGUCCUACAGUAACGCCACCUAUUAUGAUGACGAGAGUACCUUAAUCGUUUCCAGUCUGGAUAAAUAG